AUGUUUGCCUUACAAACUUCUUGUCCUAAAAUUGAGACAAAAAAUAAUGUUAAUACUUGUGAAGAAAAUAAUACUAAUAUUAAUAAUAAUUCAAUUAAUUUAUCACCAAAUAAUACUUUGUGUUUUGAACAUACCUGGUCAGUUCUUAUUGCUAGAAGAAAAUUAUCUCCAACUGAAUCAGUAAUUUUAAAUGUUUCAAAACCUUUUUGUAUUUCUCAUAAUGCUAUUCAAUUUCAAUGGUGUUUAAAAAUUCUGGAAGAGGUAGACUUUUGUGCAGAUAAUAGUGAUUAUGGGUCUUAUGAGUCAAAUACAAUUGAUGGAUUCAGUGAUAAAAAAGUUAAUGUAUUUCUUUAUUAUAAAUCUGGUCCAAAAAAGAAUAUAAAAUUAGUUUCAGCAAAUAUUUGUAUAAAAAAACCAAAUAAUGAAAAAAUAUUUCCAAAAUUUCAUAUAAAAGAAACUGAAUAUAUAAUAGGUUCUGGUUGGACUGCUGAUAUGAAAAUUUUUCAGAGAGAUUUUUCAGAAUAUAUUAAUGCAAAUGUUGGUAAUUAUGUACAUAUUUCUGUUCAAAUGGAAAUUAGUUCAGAGUAUUUUAUUUAUCAGGGAUAUCUACCAAAACUUAGUUAUGAUGAUAAAGAACUUGAAAAUAUUUGUACUAAAGUUGUUGAAAAUGUUUAUGAUCAAAGUUUAUUACCAUCAACUGAAGAUUCUCCUGUGUCGUAUUUGACAAUAGAUGCAUUAGCAAUUCAUAAAGAGCUUUUUAAAAAAGGUUGUAUUGAAUUUGAAAAUGUCUGGAAAAAUUUGUAUGCUGAUAAAAAUAUUGACGUUAAUUUAAUAAAUAGUGCUAUGGCACAUACUUAUUUUAAAUUAAAAAUUCUUCCACAUUUAUCAUAUUUUGAAGAUUAUGGUGAAUUUUUGGAUAAUUGUAAAUAUGUUAGAUUUAUACCAUUUUUGAAAGAAUUUGAACGUUAUGCUUGUGAUAGUUUAUUAAAUACAACAAAUGAUUUGGAUUUAAUUACACGUUUACUUGUUAUAUCAGAAAGAUUUGAAAUGCCAGUACUUAAAAUGGUUUCAUUGGGUAUGUAUAUUGAUGUAAUAUCACAAACAAAGAAAACAUUAAAAGAGUCACAAGAUAAUUCUGAUAGCCUUUUAGAAAUUAAAGAUGAUCUUAAGCAAAUUGCUAAUCAAAUACAUUGUUUAAGUGAUAAUGAAGAAUCAUCAGGUGAAGAAGAUAAUUCACAACUUAUUGCAGAACGUGUUAUGCAACAAAUUACAAAAUUAUCAUUAAGUGUUCAAAAAGUUUCGAUGUCACCAAAAAUUAUUUCUAAUUCUUCUACACCAUCUUCUUCUCCUAUACCAUUAGCUUUUGCUUACCCACAAACAAGAAGAAAUUCUUUAAAAAAUUCAAGAGAUAAACGUGGUUCUACUUCAUCAAUUUUAUCUUGUCCUGGUGCACCUUUUCGUUCUAUACUUAAUUCAUCCUCAUCUGACUCAACAUCACCAACAGAUUUAUCAGGAGGUUCUUCAUAUAUUGCUAUGUAUAAUCCAGGGUUUCGUAGACGUUCAGUUACUUUUAAUGCAGUAAAAAAUAAAACUAUUGUAUCUUCAGAAAAUAAUAUUUAUAGAGAAAAAUUGGAAAAUAAAAAAAAUAAUCUAUUUAAAUUUGGAAAAUUAACAGAAAUUGAAUCAACUGCAUCUUUGUCAUAA